AUGGAUAGCUCUUUGUACAGCCCCGACGCGAGUCUUGUUCCGCGCUAUGUUGCCUUUUUGAGUCAGCGGGACGUGUCUUACUCGGUCCCAAUCAACCAUGUACCGCAGCCCGGGGUGGCACUGACUGCUGCAUGCUUCGCAAACCUCAAAUACGAAGAGGCGCCGGCCACGCGCUGCAUCAGCAAUCUGCUCGCGGCCGGCUUCCGUCGCGUUGAAGCAGACAUCUAUUGGGAUUCGUCCCGUAGCCUUUGGAGUCUUUGCCCGAUAGAACUCGGCACUCCAAACGAGGUGCUCACAACCUCUACCAGCUUGUUGCCGACGGCGACGGAGCCUCCGCCGGCAUCCUUGAGUGCGCGUCAAGACGAUGAGCUCACUUCGCAGAGCGCUGUAACCACCCUCAUCAGCGUGAGUGUUGCUGAAGCCUCCAAAACCCUGACUCUGAGCGCGGAUACCACCACCACUGCUCUUGAGGGUACCGGUACAUCCACAGCUGGCGGUGCAGAUGGCUCCGCUAUCCGCAUUGGAGCAUAUGAUUGCACACCUUCCAUGAACUUUGACUUGUUGUUGUCGAUACUAUCUGCGCGGCUUACCGAUACAGCCACAGAUCUGAAUGCAUCGACGGUCAUUCUGUCACUAAAUGUACAUGCAGCCGCAGCAGCAUCCGCGCCUUCGGAUAGCGCCAGGCAACCUCCAACAGAGCUUUUACCAUCGCCCCAAAAUCUUCUUAGCUCUGCUGUCUUGCGCAAUCUGUCGUCCCGGGUCUACACACCCAGUGACCUCUCGACUCAGAAGGGUGGCCUCAACAGCAGCCAGUCAUGGUUCACGGUAAAUCCUGCCGAAGAACCCGCGUCUGCGUAUUUUCAGGUCGUUUCAUCCAAUGGCGGUUCCUCAACUCCCGAUGGGUGGCCUAGUGAACGCUACAUUGAGAUGUCUAUAGCUAAGCGGCUGCUCAUGGAGUUUGGCGGCAUCGAUCCGCAAAUGGCGGAGUACAAUUUCAGCGCUGAUUCUUCUUUGAUAUUUCCUCGCGGAUACCUCACAGAGCCAACGACCACUACCUUCCGGAGCAACGGCAGCAUAGUAUCCGGCUGCCUCUUUGAUCCAACCGUCACGACCGUCGCUGGGCAAAACAAUUCUUGGGCUUUACGUCAACUGAGGGACAGUGCGCAGGGCGAUGCGAUCCAAAGGCUGGCCAUUGCGAAAAGUCUGACGGACUGUGGCAUUUCGCCAUUCCUCAACGAAUCCUUGGCAAACGCCACAGCAGACGAGGCAUACGCGCCAUACCAAGCUUUUGUUGAAAGUACGAUAUGGAGUUGGGGGCCGGAUCAGCCUGUCAAUGCGUCAGAAAGCGAAGAGCUGAAUGACUAUCGCUGCGCAGCACUAAAUGCUACAUCCGACCUGGCGUGUGACGAUGAUUCGGCCUUUGCUGUGCCACGAACGCCGCUUGAGAACGCACACCUCCUCUCAGUCUGGCGAGAAUACCGACGGACUCGUGAUGAAGAUGCCGAUCCGCUGUUAUGGCUCGACUUCAAUCAACUGGACGUUUCGGCAUGCUGGGUUACUGGUCAGAAUACCACCUGCCCGUACAUGCUCCCCGCAGACUUGGACAGCCGCAGGAUUUUAGUACCCGUAAUCGGUGCAUUUAUAAUAUUUGUGCUGGCUGCAUUGACGGUGUGCAUCAAAUGCGUAGGCAAUAGGCAGACGGCUAGACGGAGGAAGAGACGAGGCAACGACGGGUGGGAUUACGAGGGAGUGCCGUCUUAG